CGGGUAGUCUGACAGACACACAGUGAUAAAGUUCAACAAAGGUAUAUCUCGCAGAACUGCACUCUAGCUACCACAGUUGACACUUCAAACCUGGAUUAUAAGGAAAAGGGGAGGCAUCCUCGGCCUGCAACAUCUGUUCAAGCAACCAGCAGAUUUCCCUGAGUAAGCAGCACAUUAACCAGUAGGAGGACCUUUCAGACCUCCGGGGGACUAAAGAAGAGAGGGACAGACAGAAACCCCCACCGGGUUAACCACUAUAGAAGAAGAUCAAGCCAAGGAUCCCCAUGUCGCACUACAACAACACUGGAGUAUAUAACAACCCUGCCUAUCAUGACAGUGACACCCUGGAGAUAGAUAGGAGUCCUUCCAGGAAAUCCCAAUCCCAUCAUAGUAACCCACAUGGUAACCCCUACCCCAGGGAUGAUGGAGCCGGGGGGCAGAGGGGCAGGUCCGACCUCCAGCAGCUCCCAGGAGGGGUCCAGUCCAGCUACAACGAUGCCCAGGAGAGAGUGCCCUGGGGCGGGUGGCAGGAGGGGAGCUGGAGGGGCAGAGACAGCAUUCCCAUGGGUCUCCUUCCUCCCCGGUCGGACAGCCCACGAUGGCAGCAGCAUGACCUCAAUCACAGCGGGUACCAGAUCGAGCAGGAAACGCAUUAUGACACAACGCCUCCUGUACGACUUCCAUCUGCAACUUCAGGUCAUGUUUCGAUGAGGUUCAGGGGGUCGAGGAAGAUGAGUCUAUUCCCUGUAGGAGAGGCUGCUCUGGGCAAUCUGGGCCUUUCUGAGGACGACAUCAGGAAUGAGAUGGAGAAUGAGGAACAGAACUUGGUCAAAGAGCUGGUUGCCAUGUCAACGAGGGACACAAUCAAGGCCAUCCGAGACCUCCCUAUGAGCUUUGAUGACAAGAAACACAUCAGGGGCCAAGUGUUGGCGUUGAAAUCAUUCAAAAAAUCCCGGCAACUGAACUGCUUUUCAGACUGCUCGACGACAAUCUCACUGGCGUUCCGCAGGUGCGGUGCUAACAUGACUUUAGCCAAGCAGACCCUGGAACUGUGGCGGGGUACCAUGAAGGAGGUCGGGGGUAAAUUUGGCACGGGGGUCCUCUCCUAUUUCAAGUUCCUAAAAUGGCUGCUGAUGUUCAACAUCUUCUCCUUCCUGGUCAACUUUGGUUUCAUCACCAUCCCCCAGCUCAUCUAUCACCCCACGCCAGACAUCCCCGCUGGGGUCAGCUUCAAAGGGCUAGAGAUACUGACCGGAGCGGGUUAUUUCAGCCACACAGUGAUGUAUUAUGGCGGCUACAGUAAUAAAACACAAGGGACAGGGGGCCGGUCUGAGUACAACAUGCAGCUGGCCUACUUCUUCACCAUAGCAGCCUACAUGGUGUUGUGUGGAGCCGCCCUCAUCUACAGCAUGGCCAGCUCGUUCAGGAAGAAGUAUGUCCUUGCAGACUCGGGAUUGGGUGGAGCCUGGCAGCUCCUGUGUAGCUGGGACUUCAGUGUGACUAACGAGAAAGCCGUACGACAGCGCAAGAACAAUCUGCGCAUCCAACUCAAGGAGUCCUUAUCAGAAAAGGUCCAGGUGGCCCUGCUACCUCUGACAGAGAGGAUGAAGCACUAUGGGGUCUUCCUGGGUACCUGGCUCCUCUCCACGGGCAUGGCCUUGGGCUGUGGCGCCAGUGUCUACUUCCUGUGUCAAUAUGACACAUGGCGGACGAAGCAGUCACCGGACAAAGCUUCCGGCUCUCUCCUGGAGGAGGCCGCUACUCUCCUCCUCCCCUUUGUGGUGUCCCUGAUCAAUCUGGUCGUCCCUCUCUUCUACUCUCUGUUCAAAAAGAUAGAGCACUACUCCAACCCUCGCAUGCAGGUCUAUGCCAUCAUAGUCAGAAACGUCAUUCUCAAGAUGUCCAUUCUGGGUAUUCUCUGCUCCUACUGGAUGAAGGAUGUGGCCAAUACAUUUUCAUGCUGGGAAUCCAUCGUAGGACAAGCCUUGUACAGACUGGUUAUUAUGGACUUCCUCUUCAUAAUGUUAGGAUCCUUCUUUGGAGAGUUCCUGAGCAAUGUCAUUGGGACUAAAUGUAUACAGAGCCUGGGAGUUCCAGAGUUUGACGUUGCCAGGAAUGUCCUUGACCUGAUCUAUGCACAGACCCUGGCAUGGAUCGGAAUCUACUUCUCUCCCCUCCUCCCAGUGAUACAGAUAAUCAAGUUCUUCAUCCUCUUCUACCUAAAGAAGGUAACCUGUUCAGUAUGGUUCUUCUACCUAAAGAAGGUAACCUGUUCAGUAUGGUUCUUCUACCUAAAGAAGGUAACCUGUUCAGUACGGUUCUUCUACCUAAAGAAGGUAACCUGUUCAGUAUGGUUCUUCUACCUAAAGAAGGUAACCUGUUCAGUAUGGUUAUUCUACCUAAAGAAGGUAACCUGUUCAGUACGGUUCUUCUACCUAAAGAAGGUAACCUGUUCAGUACGGUUCUUCUACCUAAAGAAGGUAACCUGUUCAGUAUGGUUCUUCUACCUAAAGAAGGUAACCUGUUCAGUAUGGUUCUUCUACCUAAAGAAGGUAACCUGUUCAGUAUGGUUCUUCUACCUAAAGAAGGUAACCUGUUCAGUAUGGUUCUUCUACCUAAAGAAGGUAACCUGUUCAGUACGGUUCUUCUACCUAAAGAAGGUAACCUGUUCAGUAUGGUUCUUCUACCUAAAGAAGGUAACCUGUUCAGUAUGGUUAUUCUACCUAAAGAAGGUAACCUGUUCAGUACGGUUCUUCUACCUAAAGAAGGUAACCUGUUCAGUACGGUUCUUCUACCUAAAGAAGGUAACCUGUUCAGUAUGGUUCUUCUACCUAAAGAGGGUAACCUGUUCAGUACGGUUCUUCUACCUAAAGAAGGUAACCUGUUCAGUAUGGUUCUUCUACCUAAAGAAGGUAACCUGUUCAGUACGGUUCUUCUACCUAAAGAAGGUAACCUGUUCAGUAUGGUUCUUCUACCUAAAGAAGGUAACCUGUUCAGUACGGUUCUUCUACCUAAAGAAGGUAACCUGUUCAGUACGGUUCUUCUACCUAAAGAAGGUAACCUGUUCAGUACGGUUCUUCUACCUAAAGAAGGUAACCUGUUCAGUACGGUUCUUCUACCUAAAGAAGGUAACCUGUUCAGUACGGUUCUUCUACCUAAAGAAGGUAACCUGUUCAUUAUGGUAGAUAAUAUAGGCCCCUUAGCAGACACUUCUUAUCCAAAGCAGUGAGUACAUAUUCAGUACAGUGAAAAAAGUAUUUUAUAGUACAGAGAGUGAGUACAUUUUUAGUAUGGCCAUGUGACCCCUGCAGGAAUUGCUAGCGCAGCACUCCAUCCAACUGAGCCACACAGGACCAUGGCUGACUCAGGUGACAGUAAGCUGAACCUUGGUGUUGAUUCUCUACCCUAGAUACCAUGCCAUAGCAGAAUGGGCCAGGCUCGUGUUACUCUCUUCUAAAGAGGGUGCUGAAUGUUUCAUGACACGCUUGAAUGGCAUAGAAUUAGCUCUAUUUAUAGAUGGUAGCGAUGGUCACUAGGAUUUUCCAAUACAAUGAUGAAACAUAUAUGAGUGUCCUGGAAAUGAAAAGAGAGAUGUUUUCCCUGUGGUACAUACAGGGAAAUCAUUACAUGUUCAUCAACAAAACUACAAGUGGAAGGUGUCUGCAAUAAAGGAUUUAGUUGAUCAAAUACAAUAACAUGAUACCUGUUAAAGGUCCCCAAAGCACACACAUCCCUGGGUCGCUCCUCUUUUCAGUUCGCUGCAGCCAGCGACUGGAUCGGGCUGCAACAAACACUCCAACUGGACCGUUUUAUCUCAAUCUCUUCAUUCAAAGACUCGAUCAUGGACACUCUUACUGACAGUUGUGGCUGCUUUACGUGAUGUAAUGUUGUCUCUACCUUCUUGCC